AUGGCACCGCGAAAACGGCACCGUCCAAACCCCAACGACGUCACGGCAAAGCUGCCCUCGGCCACGCAAUCACAAGAUGGUCUCUCACGGCCCGCUCGCGCAGCCGCCUCGGAAGAUGCAUCACACUCCAGCCGACCCAUGCCCCGACAUCUCCCGGCGAACAACGACGCGCACGAGGGCGCCUCUCUUCUCUCGCCUCAAAAAACAGUACGCAAAGCCCAGAGCUGGUACGGUUCCUGGCCACGGCCGCCCAGAGCAACAGCAUCCAUCUCGGUGGCGAGGGAAAACAUCCACGGAGACACAUUCCGCUCCAGAAACACCGACCUGGCACGCUUCGAAUCGAAGAGCAUCGAAGACACGGCUAGCAUCCGCAGCAAGCUAAGCGAAUCCGCCGUUGCCUCGGACCAGGCAACAGUUUCCAUGUCCCAGCCCGACUCGAAAGCACCAAAGAAUGAGCUCGCACAAGAAAUAGCACCGAAUACAUCAAAUAAUAUAAAUGCAACACCCACCAAGCCCGACGACAAUAAACACACACCAGAACUCACCGCUGCAAGCACCGCUGCGAGCACCACUGCGACCCAAGCUGAGACGGCAAGCCCUCCCCAAGACAUCCCACCAACGACGCCUGCACAACCACAACCCGGCUGGCUAGGUUGGCUUACAAGGACUCCCGCGAAUCCAGUAGAAGCCAUACUGGAAGAGCAGCCGGAACCCCCCCGGCCUACCACGCCGCCUGAACAAAUCAUCAUCGCCCCGCCGACUGCCCAGUCGGAACCUCGGCAACCGCCUACAUCGUGGUUUGGACUGUGGACAACUCCGACGCCACAAGCCAUGGCAUCCGAAUCGGAGAAGCAGACGACUAAUGAUGGCCAAAAUACUGACACUGAUGUGGUCAUGGAGGACGUGCCUACACUAGCACCUGCAGAGCAAACACAAGAGCCACCACCUAAAGCCGGCUCAACAUGGGCGUUCUGGUCAAAAGCUACCCCAAGUCAAAAUGACAAAACCAUAACCCAAGAAUCCGGCGAGAUUGCAGUAAUCGGGCAAGGAUCAGAGGCCCAUCCGCUUCCCAUAACGGAGAAUAGCGUUUCGGCGGAGCCUGAGAAUAAAGACAAGGGCAAGGCCAAGGACUCAAAGUCGACCUGGCGGAAGAGUAAGCGUCCGAGGCCAGCUUCUCUAGACGAGUCGGCAUCAGCGUCGCCCGCUGGCAGUCAAGUCCAUCUUCCGGAACCGAGCGCUGGCAAAGUCGACCAAUCUGACGCGGAGAGCCGUAAGUCUGCCACCAAGACAGAGAUAGCCUCCACGUCGACGGCGGAAAGCGAAACCUCGGUCAAGCAAUCGCCAAACCUCUUGCUGCCAUCCUUUACAAGCACGUAUCGCAUGAGAGACAACCCCUCUGUUAUGCAGCAAAUCACAAAUUUACUAUUACGAACGUCGCAACCCCAGCCCAACCACGUCUUUCGCGUGCAGGAAACACCCAAGAUCAAGCGUGCGCUGGCCAUCGGCGUCCAUGGCCUCUUCCCUGCCACCUACCUCCGGCCCAUGAUGGGGCAACCGACCGGCACGUCGCUGCGUUUUGCAAGCCUGUGCGCCGACAGCAUCCAGCGCUGGGCCGACGCGCACGGCUGCUCGGACUGCGAGAUUGAAAAGGUCGCGCUCGAGGGCGAGGGCCGCAUCGGUGACCGCGUCGAGAACCUGUGGAAGCUCCUGCUCAACUGGAUCGAUCAGAUCCGCAAGGCAGACCUCAUCAUCAUGGCCUCCCAUUCACAGGGCGUGCCUGUCGGCCUGAUACUCCUGGAUAAGCUCAUCGACUUGGGCAUCAUUACCCACGCCAAGAUUGGCGUCUGCGCCAUGGCCGGCGUCGCACUCGGGCCAUUCCCCGACUACAAGGCGAGCUUUCUAAUGGGCUCGGCAGCGGAGCUGUGGGACUUUGGCAACCCCAAGAGUACCAACUCGCAGCGGUUCGAAACCGCACUGAAGCGGGUGCUGGAUUAUGGCGCUCGAGUGACAUUCAUCGGGAGCAUCGAUGACCAAGUGGUCCCCAUGGAGUCUGCCGUGUACUCUCCCGCCUCCCAUCCGUACAUAUACCGCGCCGUCUUCAUCGACGGGCGCAUCCAUGCGCCCGACUUCAUCGCGCAUCUGGUCGGCUUCGCGCUCAAGCUGCGCAACCUGGGCGUUACCGAUCACGGGUUAGUGCGGGAGCUGUCUGUGGCGCUCGCUGGCUCGCUCUACUCGGGCCAGGGCCACUCGCGGCUCUAUUACGAUGACGCUGUCUACGACCUGGCUGUUACGCACGCCCUGGAGACGACCUCGGUCGCGCAGCCGACGCCGUGCCACGUCGCGCACCGCACCGUGCCGACAGCCACGCCCACCGGUGCGGCCCCGGCGCUGGCGUCGGCGAACCCGUAUGUGCUGCCGUGGAUCAUGCGCGGGCUGCUCGAGGAAGACUAUGUCAAGACGGAGUUGAGUGCCGAAACGGAGGAGCUACUGCGGCAGUUUGACGACUGGAAACCGAGCAACAAGGCGUUGAAGGAUGUCAAGUAUAGACUGGAGGCUGUGCGAUCAAGGUUGUAA